AUGAGAGAUAUUGAAAUUUCAAAACAAUCAAUAGUUACUCUCUACCAACAAGUUUUCACUGGUGGAUAUUUUGAUUAUCUACAUAAUGGUCAUAAAUUAUUUUUAAGUGCAGGUGCAUUGAUAUCUUGUGAUACAUUCUUGGUGACAGUACUGGAACCUAAUGAAAAUGGAAAGAAGAAACACAACGAGGAAAUGAUGCAACCGGUUGGUCUGAGAGAAAUCAAUGUCAGACAAUUUCUGAAUCUUUUUCAUCCUUAUCAUCUAGCGAUUCAAGUGAUAUCUAAUCGGCGAUGUAAUGAUAUCAGACAAUGUCCAUUAGUAACAAGAGAUUGUACAUCAUCAACAAAUAAUAUUGGAAAUAAGAAAUCCGCUAUAAUAGUAAUCGAUGAAACUUUAUCGAGCGGUCAACAACUAAAUGAAAUUCGUGUCAACAAUAAAUUGGAACCACUGGCAAUCUAUCAAGUUAAAGAAAUUAAAUGUCCAAUUAAUAUAGAUUUAAAUAAUAAUAACAAUAACAAUAACAAUAUAAUCAAUGGUUGUAAUAAUAUAGACAAUAUAAGUAGUAAUAGUAGUAGUAAUAGUAGUAGUAAUAGUAGUAGUAAUAGUAGUAAUAGCAGUAGUAAUUGUAGUAGUCGUAGUAGUAGUAGUGGUAUCACAAGUUCACCAACUAAACUAUCAUCAUCAACAAAGAAACAAAAGAAUACAGUAUAUAUUUUAUAUUCAAUUUUUAUUGUUAAAGAGAAAUAUAAGAAGAAAUUAAAAGUAACAAGUAAUAAUAAUAAUAUGGGUGUUCCUAGAUUUUUUAGAUGGGUAUCCGAGAGAUAUCCACAGAUUAUACAGAAUCUUGUAGAUUCUACAGCACCUGAAUAUGAUAAUUUAUAUCUUGAUAUGAAUGGUAUUAUUCAUGCAUGUUCACAAGAGAUCAGCAAUAGUCUAUUGACAUUUUCAGAAGAAGAGUUGAUAAGAAAAGUUUGUAAUUAUAUCGAUAAAUUAUUUCAUAUAAUAAGACCAAAGAAAUUAUUGUACAUGGCAAUUGAUGGUGUUGCACCAAGAUCAAAAUUGAAUCAACAAAGACAAAGAAGAUUUUUAUCAGUGUUUUUAGAGGAUAAAGCAAAGCAAAAGAUGAUCAGUGAGGGUAAAGAGAUACCGGAAGUAAUAUUUUCGAGAACUGCAAUCACACCAGGAACAGAGUUCAUGUCGAACCUCUCUGAUUGUUUGCAGUUCUUCAUCAAGAAGAAGAUCAACGAAGAUAUGAGUUGGCGUGAAGUCGAAAUCAUCUUCUCCGGUCCAGAGAAUCCAGGUGAAGGUGAACACAAAAUUAUAGAUUACAUAAGAAAGAAUAAAGCAUCUCCAGAUUGGGAUCCAAAUCAAUCACAUUGUUUGUAUGGUUUAGAUGCAGAUCUGAUAUUGUUAGCAUUGGUAACACAUGAACCACACUUUAAUCUCAAAGAGUGGAUUGAACGUCGUGAUGGAUCUCUACAAGAAGCUGCUUCCGGACCUCGGCGACUACAUCACCGACGGCGCAGAGAUCGACUUGCAUCGUAUGCAGUCGUUUUUCAACGCCGUAGCGCAAUUCGAGCUGAAACAGCAGAACGUUUCGUCGGGUCUCGACGAUGA